AUGGGCGAAGAGACUCUCGUUUCGUUACUGUGUGCAGAGCCAUGGCACCUCGACUCCAAUAACGAAUGCCAAAUCUCCUUUCAGAAAGAUUAUACUGGAGAGACAGAAUGGAGAUUACUCGAUCCCGACAUCGCGAUUGGUGAAUUAAACGAAGGAAUAAGUAACCGCGACGAUUCGAGCACGAGAACGAGUGACAGACCACGUUUAUUGAGCAAAUUCAAAAUUGAAAUCACCCUUACCAAACGCCACAUAACCUCCAGAGGUUCGCUAGACCACGUUACCAUCAACGACGAGCGACUAACAGACGCGGCAUUUGGGACUAAAACGUACUACGCGCGCCUCGAGAUGGGGUGCUUCCGCACAGCUUUCGAGCGUAGAGCGCACAACGUGCCCGAAUGGGCGCCUCCUUUUGCAUACCAACUCUCGUUAGACGAGUCGCCCUACCCGGCCCGACAGCUGUGGAAAGAUCCAGACGAGGCCCCAGAACCGGAAUGGUUUCCGUUUACGGAGUGGAAGGAAUUCUGCAGUGGAAAGAUUGUCAAGCAGGUAUAAUGGCCACCAGCACUCGGAUAUCCGGCGGAGUCGACGAUCCACAUUGUUUUCGGGGCCGUUUCCGACGACCAACAAUCUACCCAGGAUUAGAUCGCAUUCCGCGAACUCCCUUAGUCUUCGACUUAGACCAACCCCGCGAUCGACUGAAUGCGUCCUGACGCUACCAAGGCAGGUGCCCUUAUGUCAUAAAGACCACUGAUGAAUUCCAAACAAACCUU